GUUGAUCUGUUGUCAACGUCAAGUCAACUCGAAGUUAAAUUGAAAUUGACGCUAACAAACAAAAGGAGUAUUUUUGCGUGUUUUUUAUAUUUUGAAAACUGAGUCUGAGUUUAGUUUUGUAAACAUAACUGUCACUAGCAUCAUGCUCGGUUUUUCUAAUGCUGGAAUUCCUGAUAAAUCAUGGCAGCCGCCCGUUGCUGUAUUAGAAACAACAAUGGGUCAAAUAGUUGUGGAGAUGUAUUGGAAACACGCACCGAUAACAUGUCGAAAUUUUAUGGAGUUAGUUCGUCGCGGUUACUACAAUAAUACAAAAUUCCACAGAGUCAUAAGGGAUUUCAUGAUACAAGGCGGUGAUCCUACUGGCACCGGGAAGGGAGGCCAAUCUAUAUACGGACCGACGUUUGAUGAUGAAAUAGCAUCAGACUUAAAGCACACAGGAGCUGGAGUGUUGUCCAUGGCAAAUGCUGGGCCUGACUCCAAUGGAUCUCAAUUCUUUAUCACAUUAGCUCCAACGCAGUGGCUUGAUGGAAAGCAUGCAAUCUUUGGCAGAGUGCAGUCUGGGAUGGCUGUAGUGAAGAGAAUAGGAUUAGUUGAGUGUGAUAAAAAUGAUUGCCCAGUUGAUGAUGUCAAAAUAGAUAAGGCAUACAUCCCUAAAUAAGAGGAAAUCCUUUCAAAGUUUGGACUGCAGUAUUUAGUGCUAGACUAAGUUAAUUUUGUGCUUCUGCUUCAAUGUGUGAGACUAAAAAAAUACUAUUCAAAACUACCUGCAAAAAGUAUUUGUUUACAAUAAAAUGUAACAUUUUUAAGCAAUUGUAAUAAAAUUAAUCUUUUUACAAAUGAAAUGUUAAAUACAAUAUAAAGUAAUAGUUAUAAAUAUUGGACAACCUUGCCAGCUAAGACAAUAACUUGAAUUUAAAUGAAUGUUUGAUUAAAAAUCCAUAUUUUUAACUAGUUAAAUCAUAGCAUGUGAAUGAUUGUUUGUAUCAGAUCAUUGCCUAGUUCAGAGUGUGAUUAAAUAGGGAAUUUUAUGAGUAAGUGAACACUAUGAUAUACAGUUUUUUUCUUAUCGCAACAUGAUUCAUGUUGUGUUAGCUGCAUGCUGUUUUUAAAUUAAUUUUGAGGCCUGUUGCAUCACUGUUCAAAUGUAUAUAAACAUAAUAAACUUGUAUGUAACACAUAGUUGAUACAAAUACAUUCUUUAUUUAAAAUCUGUUACAUUGUGAAUCAGGGUCUAACUGAAAUAAAUAUUAUAUUUUAGACUCCAUGCGUCUAGUAUUUUGUUCAUAAUCUUUAUUUCAUUGUAUUUUCAAAUGAAUGCUUUUACCGCUAAAAUACCGUAAGGGUAUUUUCUCAAUAAAAAGUAAAAUAGAUUAGUUCUUGAGAGGCAAUAGAUGCUGAGAAUUUCACUUAGAAUUUCUUAAUACAGUUCAUUUUGUGUAUUGGUAGGUCUAUAAUAAAUUAACAAAAAGUCAAAUUUACACUCUGUUAUGUCAUUAAAUAGGUACCUUUAAAGAGCAUAUAAACACUGGAAUACCUAUGCACCCUUGGGCUGACUCUAGCACUAAAAUUUGAAUUUCAAAAUUGUGAGACCCUAUAUAAGCUCACCUCGACUUCAUUAAAUGGAGUGGACAUACUCUUUAAAUGUACU